AUGACGAGCUCAGGAGAAUGUUUGGAAUUGAGGCUCAGGGAGAUAGCAUUUGGUCGCAACGUGCUUCCACAGAUGGCACAGAGAAGCCUCUGGAGUCUCAUGCUCGAGGCGCUCCAAGAUAAGAUCCUGGUUCUUCUCUGUGUCGCUGCGGUGGUGUCGCUUGCCAUUGGUCUGUAUCAGGACUUUCGCCCGAAAUCACCCGCCGAUGCCGACUACAACGACCCAAAGACCCACUGGAUCGAGGGCUUCGCCAUCAUCGUCGCCAUCGUCAUCGUUGUGCUGGCUGGCAGCAUCAACGACUACCAGAAGGAGAAGCAGUUCCGCAAGCUCAAUGCCCAGAAGGAAGACCGGUCUGUCAAGGUGCUUCGGAACAGCCAGCCCACCCUGGUGUCGAUAUUCUGUGUCGUCGUCGGUGACAUUCUGCUCCUCGAGUCGGGCGACAUCCUCCCUGCCGACGGUCUGGUUCUCAGUGCAAGCAGCCUCAAGGCCGAUGAGUCGUCGGCCACCGGCGAGACCGACUCGAUCAAAAAGUCGCCCACAACAGACCCGUUCCUGCUCAGCGGAAGCAAGAUUGUCGAGGGAACAGGCCGAUGCGUCAUCACGGCUGUCGGCGAACACUCGUUCCAUGGCAAGACCAUGAUGGCUAUGCGCACCGAGAACGAAGAGACUCCCCUCCAAGUCAAGCUCGACAAGCUGACCGAGCUCAUUGCCAAGCUCGGCACCGCCGUCGCCAUCCUGAUGUUCCUGGCGAUUCUUGCAAAGUACCUGAUCACCGUCGGGGUCACCGUUGGGUUCGGAUCGGAUCCCGAGCAAGAGAGUGCGGCCGAGGUCUUGUCGAGACUGACAAACAUCUUCAUUGCCGCCGUGACCAUCAUUGUGGUUGCUGUUCCCGAAGGCUUGCCGCUGGCUGUGACGCUUGCACUCGCAUAUGCCACCACCCGCAUGCUCAAGGACCAGAACCUCGUUCGAGUCAUCAGCGCCUGCGAGACCAUGGGCGGCGCCACCACCAUCUGCUCCGACAAGACUGGGACGCUGACGCAGAACGUCAUGACCGUCGUCAAGGGUGCCAUUGCCCAGUCCAUCGACUUUGACGAUCGUCAAGGAACCGCCGAUGCCUCGCUGGCGGUGCUGCGGUCGUGCCUGCUUCCGGCCGAGAAGAACCACAUGCAUCAGACCCUGCACGACCUGGUGCUCGAGGCUGUGGCCGUCAACUCUUCUGUCUUUGAGCGGGUCAACCCCGAGUCUGGCAAGAAGGAGUACAUUGGGUCCAAGACCGAGACUGCCCUCGUCAACUGGAUCCAGAAGAUGGGGGGCAACCCGGCCGACCUGCGGACGCAGCCGCACAUGGAGACCGUCCAGAUCUAUCCGUUUUCGUCCGAGCGCAAGUCCAUGGCCACGCUGGUCAAGCUGAGGAACAGCCAGGGUGCCGCCAUCUAUCGACUGCAUGUCAAGGGAGCCUCGGAGGUGGUGCUUGGAUACUGCCAGAACAUCCUUGUGGCUCACGGCAGCCAAGUCGAGUUCAGCGGAGCCAGUCCGCCUGAGCGCCGAAACAUGGGCCGGAUCAUCCAGUCGUUUGCCAAAGAGUCGCUGCGAACGCUCUGCAUUGCAUAUCGCGAUCUCACCGAGGCCGAGUUCAAUGCCUGGAUCCAGGGACCGGGACUCACCUGCCUGGCGAUUGUCGGAAUCGAGGAUCCGCUGCGACCAGGCGUCAAGGAGGCCGUCGAGGACUGCCGACGGGCCGGAGUCGUUGUGCGAAUGGUCACGGGCGACAACAUUGUCACGGCAGUGUCGAUUGCCAAGCAGUGCGGCAUCUACCAGCCGGGAGGCAUUGUGAUGGAGGGUCCUCGGUUCCGCAGCCUGGCUCCGGCCGAGAUGGACCUGGUGAUUCCCCGACUGCAGGUCUUGGCCCGAUCGAGUCCCACCGACAAGCAGAUCCUGGUCUCACGGCUCAAGCAUCUCAAGGAAACCGUGGCAGUCACCGGCGACGGCACCAACGACGGACCGGCCCUCAAGAUGGCCGACAUUGGGUUCUCGAUGGGGAUCGCCGGCACAGAGGUGGCCAAGGAGGCGUCGUCGAUCAUCCUGAUGGACGACAACUUUGCAUCGAUUGUCAAGGCCAUGAUGUGGGGACGGUGCGUCAACGACGGCGUCAAGAAGUUUCUGCAGUUCCAGCUGACGGUCAAUGUGACGGCCGUUGUUGUUGCGUUUGUGAGUGCGCUGCUGGACGCAGACCAAGGCUCGGCCCUGAGCGCCGUGCAACUCCUCUGGGUCAACUUGAUCAUGGACUCGCUCGCGGCUCUUGUCUAUGCCACCGAUCUGCCGACGCGCGAGCUUCUGGACCGGCCUCCCGAGUCCAAGAGCCACCCGCUCAUCACCAUCGAGAUGUGGAAGAUGAUCCUGGGCCAGUCUGCCUUCCAGGUCGUUGUCAAUCUCGUCAUUCUCCUCAAGGGCCCGGACCUGUUUGCGCUGCAGCACCUCUCUGCUGCCGGCGGAAUCAUGGUCCACACCACCGACCCGGUUGUGUUGUAUGAGAAGGACGUCUUGACGACCAUGCUCUUCAACGCCUUUGUGUGGCUCCAGGUCUUCAACAUGAUCAACUGCCACUCGGUCGACGGCAAGCUCAAUGUGCUCCGCACGUGUUUCAAAAACAUGUACUUCACGAUCGUGAUUGUGGUUGUGUCGAUUCUGCAAGCAAUCAUUGUCGAGUUUGGGAAUGUCGCAUUCCACACGACUCCCCUCAAUGGCUUUCAGUGGCUCACCUGCCUGCUCAUCGGGGUCUUCUCGCUUCCGUUGGGACUGGCCAUCCGAUUGAUUCCAAGCACUAUUUUCAAAGGUGUUCCGAAUGCUUCGGAGUUCACGCCGCUUAGAGCACAGCUCAAUGCGAUCGAAAUGCAGCACGAUCGAGCACAUGUAUAA